AUGACUUCGACCGUUGGUCUUCAUGGCUCUGUGACGGCUUCGCCUCUCAAUACGAUGGAUACCAGCUUGGCUUUGAAACCCCAUGGCUCGACGGAUGGUGAGUUUACAGAUGUAGCGGAGCACAGCUUCGCCCCACUCCCACCAUCACCACGCACCUCGCCGCCCGCCAUGGGCUCAAGGUCACCCUUUGCCUUGGAAUACCCAAUGCAAGCGAGCGGGCCUGUGGGCGAACGCGAGCAACCAGACUCUCCGGAUAACGAGAGCUCUACGUCGCAGUCUUUCUUCCAUCGCAUGUCUUGGCUCGUGACGAUGCUGUGUCUUACGUCGUGCGCUUAA